AUGCCCACAAGGUGGGAGCACAAAACAUCCCCUGACUUCCGUGGCCUGGGUCCAUCCAGCUCCAGCAGCAAGCCAGUGGAAGAGUCUCUGCUGGAACAGUAUGGUUUCCCUGUAGCUGGAACAGAGACCAGAUGUUACACAAAUCAUGCACUCUCUUAUGAUCAGGCAAAACGGUUGCCUAGAUGGGUGAUUGAACAUAUUUCCAAACACAAGACACUGGGCAACGCAGAUCGAAGGCACUGCAAAUUCAGACCAGAUCCUAGUAUCCCUCUAAUGUUUAGUGCUGUCAAUGAAGACUACAUUGGGAGCGGGUGGUCGCGAGGACAUAUGGCACCUGCAGGAGAUAACAAAUUUUCAGUACGAGCUAUGGCUGAAACAUUUUACCUGUCCAAUAUUGUGCCCCAGAAUUAUAAGAAUAAUGCUGGAUUCUGGAACAGAAUGGAAAUGUAUUGUCGGGAGCUGACUGAGAGAUUUGAGGAUGUUUGGAUAGUUUCUGGACCUUUGACCUUGCCACAGACAGGGGAUGAUGGGAAAAAAAGAGUUACUUAUGAGGUGAUUGGCAAGGACGAUGUGGCUGUACCGUCACACCUCUACAAGGUGAUUCUCGCCAGGCGAAGCAGAAUUUCCUCGGAGCCCCUCAUGCUGGGGGCCUUUGUGGUGCCUAACGAUCCCAUAGGCUUCAGUCACCAACUACUUGAAUUUCAAGUGAAUAUUGAAGACCUGGAGAAAAUGUCAGGGCUGAUUUUCUUCCCACAGGUGGACAAAACCAAAGAUGUUAAAAAUAUCUGUGAUGUAGACACCUGUAAAUUAAUGGGGUUUGAUGAGUUUACAUUGUAUAUCACUGCCCGGAAAGUUCAGAGUGCCAGAACGCUGCACAGGCUGGAAAAGGUGAUGUCAGAAUUAAGGGAGAAGGGAAUUGAGCCUGAUGAAUAUCUAGUGAAGCUUUACAAGAAGAAGGAGGCGGAACUAGUGGAGCAAAAGCAAAUGGAAGCUAGAGAAAGGAGAGCUGGUUGAGUGUGCAUUUCAGAAACUAUAUUUGGAAUGUCAGACUCAGAAAGGAGGGAUGUGCACACACAAUUUGGAUUUUACAAUUUGGCUAUUUUUUAAAAAAAGGUGGAAACAAUUAGGCAUUGGAGUUCAGGGCAAUGUUCAUCCUCUUGUAACAUGAUGUAUGUCUGAUUUGCCACAGUACUGUGUGGAAAAUGAAAAUGAUUCUUUCCUGGCACGAUUGGCUUAUGAGGCCUUUGGAAAAGGCUUUGACGUCAGAAUGAAGGUUUGUAUGGAAUCUCUUCUAGAAAUAUUAUAAAAAUAGACAGUGGACACCUUAGGAGUAUAACUGGAACCCAUCUAAAUGUAACUGACCCUACAGAUGUAUUUUAACACAAAGCUGUAGAAUUAAUGAUGGUGGUGUGUGGUGAGUUUGUUUUUCUGUUGUUUGUUUUAAUGAAAUAAAUGCUGACAUGA